CUUAGGCAUGUGAUCGUGCCUCCAAGCGGACAAUGGCCAACAUGAUAUGUGGUAGAGUGAUCUCUUUUGAACUCACCGUUUCUAUAAUUACCCAUUCUUGGUUGCUUGUUUACUCUUCAUGCGUACCAUGUGUGUCAUGUGACCUGACACUUAUCCCAAAUCAAACUCUCCGGGAUCAAUGUUAAACCUGUUUUAUUGAGAGUAAUGGAAUUGCUUGUUUUCUCUCCUGAUCCUGAUAGCUGAAUAUCUAGGGCUAUGGAGGGUUAAGAAACGGGGACGUUAGUCUCAGUCCGCGAAGAAUGGCACGAACAUAUAUUUGUACAACUGCAUAUACAAUGAGUGGUACUGGUACUCCCGCAUUUUGCCCUGGUUUAUGGAUACCGAUCCUCAUUAUUAUUGGAUGUAUAAACCACUAAAUCGGCAGCCCCCGGGUGGAAAGGCCACAACUUUUGUUCCGAAUACCACGUAUCACCGUGUCAUUUCCGUUGUUCACCCACAAUUGACUUUGGAUGGCACUGUUGCUUGGUGAUUUCACGCCUUACCCGAUUGGGGAAUCAACCGAGAUAUCUACCAUUUGGCAGUUCAUCGAUUCUGCCGGUGGUUUCCGAUCCUGCCCGCAUGCAGUCUGCGUCUGGCCUGCGUUAAAGACGAGGAAUAACAAUCCACGAUGACUCCUGCAGCAGAUGUCAAUAGGAUUUUCCCCAUCACCACGUUGAUAUCAGAUCUGCCGAGCAAUCUCAUUCCGCAACUCACCUCGUCCGCGGAACAAAAUGAAAAUGAACCGGGAUCGGCUGCUCGACGUUUAGUCGUCGUCGGUGACGUCCACGGGAUGAAAAGGUCUCUGGAAGCGCUUCUGGAGAAAGUCGGCUUCGACAAGGGCCAAGGGGACCAUCUUAUAUUCGUGGGUGAUUUGGUCAACAAAGAGCCCGAUAGCCCUGGCGUGAUUGAUCUGGCCGUGGCGUUGGGUGCCAGCGCUGUGAGAGGCAACCAUGACAAUGCAGUCCUCGAUGCUGCCGUGGAAAUCAACACCGGAGGGGACGACCCAAUGCAUGCUGGAGACAUAAGUAGCCGCCCUGCCCAGCUACCCGGGAACUCGGGGGCUGAACCAGCUAGUGAGACUGUGGCUUCCGACGGCCUCACGCGACACAGUGCAACAACGUAUAGCACCGCCCGCGCACUCUCGACGCGCCACCUGGACUGGCUUGCCGCUCUGCCAUUGAUCUUGCGCAUCAGGCUGCCGCACCAUCCCGCAUCAUCCAUCGACGACACUCUGGUUGUCGUACAUGCUGGUCUCACCCCGGGUAUCCCGCUGGAGAGGCAGGAUCCUCAUGCUUUAAUGCUCAUGCGCAGCCUCGCUCACGCGCCGGGCGACGAAAGCACGUUCAUACCGGCUGAAGCAUCGGGAGAGGAAGGUUGGGCUGCCCAAUGGGAUCGGUGGCAGGACCAACUGGCAGCCAGGACGACUGUGAUAUUUGGGCACGAUGCAAACCGUCGUCUGCAGUUGGGCAGGCAUGCAAUCGGACUGGAUUCUGUAUGCCUAUAUGGUUACCAUCUUAGUGUAGUUGUCAUUGAGUCGACUGAAAGGGGAAUACAACACCGGGUAGUGCAGGUCGAUUGUGCGGACACGCCUGUUAUCCGAACAGCAAAAACAGUGUAUUCGAAUUCAAGACCAGGCUCAGGCAGGCCAACCACCGACUCCGCUCAUACCACAACUACUCGAUGCGUCCUUUGUAUCCUGAAGCCUUUAAGUUUUAUGAAAUAUCCCAGACACACGCGUCAAUCUCCAACGCUAUCGUUUAUCGCCAGGGUGAAAAGACUGGCCAUUACCCAAAACGGGAGAAAGGCCGCCUUUCUUGCCACACCAUUGUUCUGCUGUUUACCCGCUCACGAUUUCAUAGUUGACUCGGGUGGUUGAAGACUCUCUGCAUUUGAGGCGGCAGCAGGGUCCACUCUAAAUACAACGCCUCCGGCUGGUGAGUAAGCAAUUUAGAUAGAGGUAGGAGGAUAAUAGCAAAUAUCAAAGCGUCAAUUCUAGCAAUCAACCUGACAAGGCGCUGGCAAUUCCACAGCCGGUGAUCCUUUUGGAAGGCGUAUUUUUAUCCACAAUACACGGUU